UGGGGAAAUCCUACCGGCCAGUUAUGUUGAACGUCAAAAGGGAGACGGUGUUGGAUUUACUAGGUUAUCAUUCCUGAAAUGGGGAUCUUUGGCGUCUAUAGUUUUAAGUGGAGCUUGCAUAUGCACCUAUUAUAUCAAAGAAGUGGAUAGUGCAACAAUUCCUAGGGACUUCACCGAGAUGAAUGGACAAGGUUUUGGCAGUGCCAAUCUGAGAAACGCUGGUCCGUUUAAAACGAACACGCUUCUCGAUUUAGGUCGGAGUAAUUUCGCGAGCACACCGUCAAUAAUUACCGCAAAUCAUCUUAGUUCACCAUUUUUGAUUGGCUAUGCUGUGAUCGAAGUAGUAGUGGCACCUUCGGGUUUAUUUGGAGUUUUUGGUGCUAUUUCUAACAAUAUAUUCUUGAUGUGCCGUUAUUCGCGUGAUCAUUGGUUCUCUGUUGUUGUUCUGACGAUUAUUGAUGUUGUAAAGAUAAUUCUUUCAUUUACGAUGAAAUACAAUACUAUUGAUUCUUGCAUUACCAAUCCCAAUGACCUCAAUCAAAGAACUGUCUGCGAAAAUAAAGUUGACUUUGACAUAAAAGCAGGCCUCGUAGUAUUUGGAGCGCAAGAAGUUAUUUUGGUUGCUCUUGGUUCUCUCACAUGGUAUUGUGCAAAACGAAUUUCACAGAAACCAACAAAUAAAAUAAUGCGUGAAUCAGAAAGGAGGGAGGAAACUAAAAAUAUUGACAUGGAGGUUCAAGAAUCUCAUGUAGCAAAUGAUAUUACAUCUAUAGUGUCUACUGAUAUCUUAGAAAAAAGGCAACAUAUGGAUCAGGAUAGUUUAAUGGCAAACCCUCCUUCUCCAUUUAUCCGUAGACCAACACAACAUCAGAGGCAAGAAAAUCAAAUAUCUGAUGGAAUUAAGCAAGAAUAUAAUCAAAUACCUGAUGGAAUUAAUCAAGAAUAUAAUCAAAUACCUGAUGGAAUUAAGCAAGAAUAUAAUCACAACCCAAAUAAUUCAAGGAUACAAGAAAAUAAUGGCAGCAAUUCUAACAUUACUCAAAAUACUCAGAGGUUCGAUCAAAUACAUACUACACCAACACAUAAACCUAGUGUUCCAAUACCACAAAAACAAUGUUCACAAGGUUUACCACCUGCGCUUCCAUCGACUUCAUAUAAUAAUUCUUCAAACUCAAGGCCUCCAAUUGUUCAUCGGCACAACUCGAUGUUACCUCCCCGACGAUUGGCAAACUAUCAGCUAACGUCUCAUUAUGUACCAGAUACGCGUCCAGUAAAUGGUAAUGGUAUGAUGUUUCCACCUAUUCUAAAUCAAACUGAAUCUAUAUCAGUACCAUUCUUACGUAGUCAUAAACGUUCAGAUAGUUUUCCUCAACCCCGACCUCUUCCUUUACCACCUAUUGCUAAUCAUUCUGAUACUUAUCAGGUUUCACAACAGUCUACAUCCCGGGGAAAUACUAAUUAUAAAAUCGAUCAACCUUCAAUUGUUCAGUCAAAUGAACCUUUUUUACAAUCUAGUUUUUCAAGAUCAUUACCAAACUUACAUGACAGUAGUAUAAUUGAGCCACCCAUACCGAUUCCUUAUUCUGAUACGGUACUUUAUACACAACAAAUCAAUAAUGAUAUUACUCCAAUGCCAAAUACUAUUUAUUCACAACCAAAGGCUCUUAACAAUUCUUCCAAAUCUUUUGAGGCUUCAAAUACAAUACAAAAUUCUAAUAAUAGGAAUUCCUUAAAAAGAAUGAGACGAAAAUCUGCGCACAGUGUUAGAGGAGAAGCAAUUCAAAGACCAGAUUAUGGUUCAUUAUAUAAUCACUAUUAUGAUUUGCAAACUACUUCAAAACUAGGUGUUAAUGACAGAAAUAUUAAUAAUCAAAUAACAAACGAUUAUUAUAUAAAUAAUAGUUAUGUUGCUCAUUCAAGAUUAACAAAUCAAGUAUUUCCUUAUGGUGGUGGUGGUGGUACGCUAAAAUCAGGUGGUAAUAGUAAAAACAUUAAUAAACAAAACUUUAACCAGAUAGCAAAUACUAGUUAUACAAAUAAUAGUUAUGCUAUUGCUUAG